UUAAAAUAUCAAAUUGGGAAUUUUGUGUAUCAAGUCUAUCAACUAUCAAGUAUCAACUCUUAUUGUAGUAAUUGUAGUAUGUCUAUUUAGAUCUCUAUUCUUAAUCUUAUCUGUAAUACAAAGUCUAAAACUAAGUGCAGUUGCUAACUUGCAGUCUCACAAAAAUACAGAUCUAAAAUAGAUUAAUCUAAUCUAUCCUGUGGUAGUACCGCCUAGAAUACAGAUUGUAAUACAUAAUAUUAUACAUAGGCAGUUUAGUUUUCAAUAAUAUUUAUUGAUGUACAUAAGAUUAGGUCAUUGUUUUAUUCAUUAAGAUGAAUCGCCUUUGAUACUCUAUUAGCACAAUUUUUUUGAUAUCCUCCAAUAGAAACAUGCAAAAAUACGAAAAACUAGAUAAAAUCGGAGAGGGCACUUAUGGUACGGUUUUCAAAGCCAAAAACCGUGAAACUUUAGAGAUUGUUGCACUGAAACGCGUGAGACUUGAUGAUGAUGACGAGGGUGUUCCUUCAUCUGCUUUGCGUGAAAUCUGUUUGCUGAAGGAGUUGAAACACAAGAAUAUCGUACGACUUUAUGAUGUACUUCAUAGUGAUAAAAAAUUGGUACUUGUCUUUGAACACUGCGAUCAAGACUUGAAAAAAUAUUUCGAUAGCUUGAAUGGAGAAAUUGAUCCUAAUGUUGUAAAAUCAUUCAUGUACCAACUAUUACGUGGAUUAGCAUUUUGCCAUAGUCACAAUGUCUUGCAUCGGGAUCUUAAACCACAAAAUCUUCUUAUAAAUAAGAAUGGAGAAUUGAAACUAGCUGAUUUUGGUUUGGCUAGAGCAUUUGGAAUUCCAGUUAAAUGUUAUUCUGCAGAAGUUGUUACACUGUGGUACAGGCCUCCUGAUGUUCUAUUUGGUGCUAAACUUUACACGACAUCUAUUGAUAUGUGGUCUGCCGGAUGUAUAUUUGCUGAGUUAGCCAAUGCUGGAAGACCUUUAUUUCCGGGUUCAGAUGUAGAUGAUCAAUUGAAACGGAUAUUUAAACUUUUGGGAACACCAACUGAUGAGACAUGGCCUAACAUGACAACUCUGCCAGAUUUUAAACCAAUGCCAAUGUAUCAACCUAAUAUGACUCUUGUACAGGUAGUGCCCAAAUCAACAACUAAAAUGCGAGAUUUAUUACAAAGACUUCUAGUGUGCAAUCCUUCUCAUAGAAUAUCAGCAGAACAAGCAAUGAGCCAUAUAUACUUUGCAGACAUAAAUUUAUUACCAAAAUAAUUUAACAUUGCUUUUUACUUUUAAAAUUUUAAAUGCCAAGUAUAAUUAAAUGUGCAAUACAGUGUUAACAGUAUAAAUUAAAAUUUGAUUUCUAGAGUGUUACUAGUAUUAGUAUUAUGAAUCCAACUAAAUUAUAUAGUGUCUGUUUCUUCUCAAGUCAUAGCUAAUUUUUUUUUUGCUCCAAUUUACUCUUAUCCUGUUUUAACCAGAUUUUAUUUAAUGAUUUUAAUAUUUUUUUUAUUUUUUAUUUUUAGAAGUUUUUUUAUAUAUAAUUGGUAUAUAUAUUUAACUUAAUUCAAAUUAUUUAAUUAACUUUAUUAUACUAAAUUCAUUUUUAAGUGUGAUUUAAUAUUUCUGUUUUUGGUUAAAUUAUAUUCAGUCUGUAACCAGUAACUAUUCUAUAAAUCAUAGCUUAUACUUUUUUUGUAUAUGUUACUAUUUUAUUAAAUUAAUUGAUUAUAACAUGACUAGUACCACUAGUGUAUUCCUUUUUGGAUCUCAAUUGUAUUAAAGUGUAAUUUAUUAUUUUGUCACUUAAAAAUCAAUAACUAAGUAUUUUGUUAAUACCUUUACUAUGAAUUAAAAGAUUUAUGUUAAAAGUAUUAAAAUCAUAAAUAU